AUGGAAAAAGUUGCUGGCUGGUACCCAGCCUGGCACGUUGCUCUCCUGUACUGGACAUGGCUUUUCCUCUUCACUUUUGGCUUUACCAGUGCAGAAAUAACUUGCAGAUCCUGCCAUUCCCAGGUGAAGCCGCAGCAUCAACAUCCGCAGCAGGGAUUACUAAUGCAUCUGAGGACCGACAGAGGAGAAAAGGAGCAGAGGAGGUUCCCGGGGGAGAAGGGAGGUGAGAGAGGGCAAGGGGCCGGGAUGGAGGCGGAGGAUGCCGGGCUGCAAGCGCCCCUCGACCGUGCUCUCUCGGGGGCCAAAAUCAGCGGCUGGGAGACCCGGACCUUGACAAGGGAGACCGAGAAAGUGGCCGGGGAGAGCCGGCCCGGAGAGGCGGCGGCUCCUGCGGGGGACCAUCGCCGCCUUGGCCAGGCGUCCCCCCCGGCGGGCGCUCGGCGAGACUCGGGCCGGCGGCGGCGGGGCCGCAGCCCCCGGGGCACCGCGGGGCCAGGCGGAGCCGCGGAGAGGGAGCCGGGGGGCUCCGGCGCCGCCCGCUUCGGGCUGGAGGAGCUGCGGCUGGGCAGCACCACCUUCGCCCUCACCGGCGACUCGGCGCACAACCAAGCCAUGGUGCACUGGUCCGGCCACAACAGCAGCGUGAUUCUAAUUCUGACAAAGCUGUAUGACUACAACCUGGGAAGCAUCACAGAAAGCUCUCUUUGGAGGUCAACGGAUUAUGGGACAACAUAUGAGAAACUGAAUGAUAAAGUUGGCCUGAAGACUAUUUUGAGCUACUUGUAUGUUUGUCCAACAAACAAACGUAAGAUUAUGCUGCUGACUGACCCAGAGGUUGAGAGCAGUUUAUUGAUUAGUUCUGAUGAAGGUGCCACCUAUCAAAAGUACCGUCUGAACUUCUAUAUCCACAGUCUGCUCUUCCACCCAAAGCAAGAAGAUUGGAUCUUAGCAUAUAGUCAAGAUCAAAAGUUAUUCAGUUCAGUGGAGUUUGGCAGAAGAUGGCUGCUUCUUCACGAGGGAGUCGCACCAAACAGGUUCUACUGGUCUAUGAUGGGGUCCGGUAGAGAGCCAGAUCUCGUGCACCUGGAGGCAAAGACAGUGGAUGGUCAUGCCCAGUACAUCACCUGCAAGAUGCAGAACUGCAGCGAAGCCACUCGAAGCAAACCCUUUCCAGGCUAUAUCGACCAUAAUUCCCUGAUUGUCCAGGAUGACUAUGUCUUUGUUCAGUUGACAUCAAGUGGACGACCACAUUAUUACGUUUCUUAUAGGAGGAAUGCAUUUACACAGAUGAAGCUGCCAAAAUACUCCUUGCCCAAGGAUAUGCAUGUUAUCAGCACAGACGAAAGUCAGGUGUUUGCAGCUGUUCAAGAGUGGAACCAGAACGACACAUACAAUCUGUAUAUCUCCGACACCCGAGGGGUGUAUUUCACCCUGGCCUUGGAAAACGUCAAGAGUAGUCAAGGACUGGAAGGGAAUGUGAUGAUUGACCUCUAUGAGGUAGCAGGGAUAAAGGGAAUGUUCUUGGCUAACAAGAAGAUUGACAACCAAGUGAAAACUUUCAUCACCUACAAUAAAGGGAGAGACUGGAGUUUGUUGCAGGCUCCGGACACAGAUCUGAGAGGAAACCCUGUUCACUGUCUCCUACCCUAUUGCUCCCUUCAUCUUCAUCUGAAGGUCUCAGAGAAUCCCUAUACCUCAGGAAACAUCGCCAGUCGAGACACUGCCCCCAGCAUUAUUGUAGCAUCAGGCAAUAUAGGCACUGAACUGUCAGAUGAUGACAUCAGCAUGUUUGUUUCUGCAGAUGCUGGGAACACAUGGAGACAGAUCUUUGAGGAGGAGCACAGUGUUCUGUACCUGGAUCAAGGUGGAGUACUGGUUGCCAUAAAACACACAUCUCUGCCUAUUAGACAUCUCUGGUUAAGUUUUGAUGAAGGGAAAUCUUGGAGCAAGUACAGUUUCACAUCCCUCCCACUGUUUGUAGAUGGAGUUUUAGGGGAACCUGGAGAGGAAACUCUCAUCAUGACAGUGUUUGGACAUUUCAGCCACCGCUCAGAGUGGCAGCUGGUAAAAAUUGACUACAAGUCCAUUUUUGAUCGGAGGUGUGCAGAAGAGGACUACAGGCCUUGGCAACUCCACAGCCAGGGAGAAGCUUGCAUCAUGGGAGCAAAGAGGAUCUACAGGAAACGCAAGUCAGAGAAGAAAUGCAUGCAAGGAAAAUAUGCAGGGGCUAUGACCUCAGAGCCAUGUGUGUGCACAGAGGCAGACUUUGACUGUGAUUAUGGAUAUGAACGUCACAGCAAUGGGCAAUGUUUACCAGCGUUUUGGUAUAAUCCAUCUUCCUUGUCAAAAGACUGCAGCGUUGGACAGAGUUAUCUCAACAGCACUGGGUACCGGAAAGUUGUUUCUAAUAACUGCACGGAUGGUGUGAGAGAACAGUACACGGCAAAACCACAGCAAUGUCCUGGCAAAGCCCCCCAGGGGCUUCGCAUAAUCACCACUGAUGGCAAACUGACAGCUGAGCAAGGACACAAUGUCACUUUCCUGGUGCAGCUGGAAGAGGGAGACCUUCAGAGAUCCCUCAUUCAGGUGGAUUUUGGAGAUGGCAUCGCUGUUUCAUAUGCUAAUCUCAGCUCAACAGAAGAUGGGAUCAAGCACAUUUACCAAAACGUGGGCAUAUUCCGAGUGACCGUGCUGGUGGAAAACAGCCUGGGAUCUGACAAUGCUGUCCUCUACCUGCAUGUAACGUGUCCCUUGGAACAUGUUCACUUAUCUCUCCCAUUUGUCACCACAAAGAACAAGGAGGUCAAUGCCACAGCAGUACUGUGGCCAAGUCAAGUGGGAACACUUACUUAUGUCUGGUGGUUUGGAAACAACACGGAGCCACUGAUCACUUUGGAAGGGAGCAUCACAUUCACAUUUUCUGUGGAAGGGAUGAACACCAUCACUGUUCAGGUCUCAGCAGGAAACAUCAUUCUUCAGGACACAAAGACCAUUGCUGUGUAUGAGCAAUUUCAGUCCCUGCGGUUGUCAUUCUCCCCAAACCUGGACGACUACAAUCCAGAUAUCCCGGAGUGGAGGAGGGACAUUAGUAGAGUAGUCAAGAGAGCCCUGGUGGAGGCAACAGGUAUUUCAAGCAAGCAUAUUCUGGUCGCAGUGCUCCCUGGUCUGCCCACAUCUGCUGAACUCUUCAUUUUACCUUAUCAAGAUGCCCCAGCAGAAAAUAAAAGAAAAACAGAAGACCUAGAACAGAUUUCAGAAAUACUGGUCCAGAAACUGAAGCAAAACUUUGUCCAUUUUGAUUUGAAACCAGGGGUUCGAAUUCUUGUGCAUGCUGCCCAUUUAACAGCAGCUCCCCUGGUGGACCCGACUCCCAGCCAUAGUGGUUCAGCUAUGUUGAUGCUCCUCUCUGUCGUUUUUGUGGGACUAGCUGUGUUUGUAAUCUACAAAUUCAAAAGGAAGAUUCCUGGCCUUAAUAUAUAUGCACAGAUGCAGAAUGAAAAAGAUCAAGAGAUGAUCAGUCCAGUCAGUCAGAGGGAAAGCAUACCUAAUGUCCCUCAAAGUGAGCUGAUGAGCCCUGAGCAACUAGUAGAUGAGAAGUUGGAUGUCCAGCCCAUAGAGCAACCCCAGGCCACAGUCCAGAACCCAAGGAAAGGAAAUGCAACCAAGGUAGUCUGGACAGAGGACUUCCAAAAGGCUUGUGGAUCACCAAGAGGUUUCAAGCCAAGACCCGGAGCGGAAGUAUUUCCACAGCUGCUGAGCCUCAGAGCACAAAAGAAAUCCCUACCUAUGUAA